CAAAGGAAACAUCUCUGAAGAAAUUCGUAGGCGCACGCGUAAACCUCCCCUUCUAAGAAAUCCGUCUGUUUCUUCAUUUCUUCUUCUGCCAAUCCCACCUCCGAUCCGUCUCCGACGCCGGCGAUGGUUCCACCGCCGUCAAAUCCGCCGAAUCCGCAGCAGAUUCAGCAAUUCCUAUCCUCCGUGUUAUCCCAGAGAGGCCCUUCCGCUUUACCUUAUGACGAACCCACCAAGUGGUUGAUCCGACAACACCUCCUCAACCUCGUAUCCUCUUACCCUUCCCUCGAGCCCAAGACUGCGACGUUUACCCACAACGAUGGCCGCUCCGUCAACCUCCUCCAAGCCGACGGCACGGUCCCGAUGCCGUACCAGGGCGUCACCUACAACAUCCCCGUCGUCAUCUGGCUCCUCGAAUCUUACCCUCGUCACCCUCCCUGCGCCUACGUGAACCCCACUCGCGACAUGAUCAUCAAGCGUCCUCACUCUCACGUCACGCCAUCUGGGCUCGUCUCUGUCCCCUAUUUGCAGAACUGGGUUUACCCUAGUUCGAAUCUUGUCGAUCUCGUCUCCGAGCUCAGCGCCGUUUUCUCUUGUGACCCUCCGCUUUACGCCCAGCGCCGCCUCCAGCCUCCGCCCUCUCCUUCUUCGGCGUAUUCAUCGGCUUCGCCUCACGGUCUUGGCUCCUCUUUCAAGGGUGAUCUCAUAUGUACACCGUACGGCGGUGGAGGAAGGGUUCAGCAUAUUCACCACCAGCAUCACCCGCCGCCGUCGCUGUCGCAACAGCAGACGGAUGAUGCCGCGGGGAUUUACAAGAAGAAUGCCAUCAAUAAGAUCGUGGAGAUGGUUCAUGGUGAUCUCUCGGCGAUGAGGAGGGUGAAGGAGGCCGAAGCAGAGGGGCUUCUGAGCUUGCAGGCCUCGCUGAAGAGGAGAGAGGAAGAGAUCAACAAGGGCUUGAGGGAGAUGAUUGAUGAGAAAGAGACAUUAGAGCAGCAAUUGCAGGUUAUCUCUAUGAACACAGAUAUUCUAGAUUCAUGGGUUAGGGAGAACGAAGGAAAGACCAAGAAUUUAGUGGAUCUGGACGUGGAUAAUGCCUUUGAAUGUGUAGACACAUUGUCCAAACAGAUGCUAGAGUGUACUGCUUUGGACUUAGCCAUUGAAGAUACUGUGUAUUCCUGGGAUAAGGCAUUGCAAGAUGGGGCGGUUCCGUUUGAUCAGUACUUGAGGAACAUUAGGUUUUUGUCGAGGGAGCAGUUCUUCCACCGUGCCACCGCUACCAAAGUUAGGGCUGCUCAGAUGGAGGCUCAGGUUGCUUCCAUAGCAGCUAGAUUGCACUCUUGAUCUUCGAUUUUUCCGGACCGUUUCUGUGUGAUAAUGUUUACUAUAUAGUCUAAAGAUUGAUUAGCAUCUUCCAAGAGAUUGAUUAUCGCUGCUUACACUUUGAUGAUUGCUCUUUAUAUUCAAUUCAUGUUUAUACUCAUAGCAGACACAUUACAUACAUAAUUGAGUUGAUCCGGUCAGGGCUCUCAUUUUGUUUCAGUUGAUGACAGGAGGUUGGUUUGUUUGAUA